UCAGUUGUAUCCAACAAGCGCGCGCGCAAGUCAGACCUUACUGGCUGAAUUCGGUGGUGUUGUGAUUUAAAAAAAUUGUGAUUUUGUUUUUUUUUUUUUCAAGUUUUUCGAAUAAGGUGUUAUUAGAAUCCGUCCAGAUGGUCGUGGGACGGAAAUCCAUCCAGCAUGUCCAGAGCAAGGGACGGAUGUCCAUCAUGAAGAUCCAGAACUUUACAGUACAGAAAAGACAAUCGGUCAUAAAAGUGGUGUAUGGGGGUCUACUGGUCAUCAUUGCCAUCAUCAUGGUCGCCAUAGAUCCCAUAAAUAUCGUCACAAAUUGGUACAUGGAUAUGAAGGAAGGCUCGUUCCUUUUCAAGAUGUACCAGAAACCGUCGUAUCAGCUGUUUUCUGAAGUGUGGAUCUACAACUACACAAACGUACCUGAAUACUUGGCUGGCACUGACAGUGUUAUGAAGCUGCAGGAAGUCGGACCUUUCCGGUUUCAAGAAACGAGAACGAAUGAAGACAUGAAGAUAAACAAAGAGCAAGGGAUACUGACUAUAGUGCCGAAGAUCACGCUCAAGUUCCUACCGGAGCGGUCAGUAGCGCACUACAAGGACGUAUCUCUCUAUAUGCCGAAUAUUGCGCUUAUUGCGAUCAGCACUCUGGCAGCAGACAAGCUGGGUUACUUCGCCAACGCCGGAGCCUAUUACUCCAUCUCAGCUUUGGGGUCCACCUUGUUCAGGAACCUCACUGCUGAAGAGCUUCUCUGGGGCUACCACGAUCCGGUGGUCACCAUCGCCAACAGUCUCCUGCCCGGGUGGAUUGACUUCGGCAAGAUUGGCAUUUUGGAUAGAUUUUACGCUGAGAAACAAGAGAGUGCAGAGAUUGAGCUGGCUAACGAAUCCACGAGGUACUCCAUCAAAUCCUGGAACAACUCCACUGGGCUUAUCGAACAAGGAUUCACCGACUGGAACACCAGCAUUCCCUGCAAUCGUAUCAAGGGAUCUUACGAGGGUAUGAUGGUGUCCCCCAAGGUGACCAAAGACAGAGUCAUACCUAUUUACCGACGACAGGCCUGCAGGAUCUAUCCCUUCUCGUUCAAGGAGGAGGUCAAAGGAAAUUACGGAUUCGACUACUAUAGGUUUGCUUUAGAAAGGACGUCGUUUAAUAGAACUUCAGAAUACGCAUGCAAAUGCGAAGAAAACUGUCUUCCCGAUGGUUUCGUCGAUGUCAGCAAAUGUUACUAUGGGUUCCCCAUCGCGCUAUCGAAGCCUCACUUCCUGGACACAGAUCCAGAACAGAUGAAGCACUUCGAGGGCAUGCACCCUGACCCUGAGAAACACGGAUCAGUACUUGAUUUGGAACCUACACUGGGAGUACCACUGGCACUGUCUACAAAAAUCCAAGUAAACGUAGCAGUGAGGAUGAACGCUGGCAACCCCAUCACCAGGCCUUUGAAAGACAAAGUCAUUCCCAUCGUGUGGCUCUCUUUGUAUUGCGAAGAGCCCCCACCAGAGAUUGUUUCCAUCCUCCGCUUGCGUUUCGUCAUUGCUCCACCUCUCCUCAUCACUGUUGAGGUCCUACUCCUCGUCAUCGGCAUGAUCCUCGGUGCCCAGGGAUUCCACAGGAUCUGGAAACCUAAGUACAAGCUCAUCCAGUCGAACGAAGAGGAAAUGCAGCCGAAGAGAAGAAAGAGUCUGGAGAGGAGGAGAAACAGUGUUAUCUUGAACAUGUCAGAAAAUAUGGGCUUUACUAAAGAUGAUGAGGAAUUAGCGAAACAAGCAGUAUCUCUUCUAGCUAUUCAUGAGGAAGAUGCCGACAUACCAGAUUUGUUAUUAACUGAAAAUCAGAUUUAUUAAUGUUAAUAACUGAUUCUAGGACAUAGACAAGUAUUGCUUUUAGAUAGAAUCUGCUGUACAAAACAGUGUUUGAUUUUUCAAAAUGAUUA